CGAGGCCGCCACAUACAAAGUAUAUCCAGUCUGCCGCGCUGGACUAUGCUUCACGGCAGGCCUGGACAUUUCCCACUACUGCAAAGCCCAAUGUUCCCACCAUGACCAUGCCCGACACCGUUGAUACUCCUGCUCCCCCGAACCCGCCUCAAACCGAGCCCGCAAUCGAGCAUGCUCAUGCCACUGACUCGCCGCUGGACGGCAUCGCUGCAACACCAGAGAGCCCCGAGGCCGUAGUCGCGGCAUCCUUCUCCAAGGCAGAGCCCCAGGCAGAAGCCAGUAUCGACCUCAAGGCUCUCACCGACCGCGCCUUACACUUCUUGGCAACGGCUAGCAAUGAGACGCUGGGCGCUUGUCUCGCUGGCCUGGGCGCUGGUACCUAUCUCAUACUUGGACGCGUCGGCCUGGUGCUCAUAGGCGUCGUGGGCGGCGUGGUCCUACAUGCAACAUGGGAGGGCUACCACAGCGACGUCCAGGGCGGACGGGGAAAGAGUGCUGAGGCCAGGAAACGCGAGCUGGGCGCCGACAUAGCACAGCGCGUCCUCGACUGGCGAAACUCUCACUCUCUUCAUGACACGGCCGAGAAGCAUGAUAGCUACGACCUCAAUGUGCAGCUGUACUCGGGCAAGAAGCUCGACUACUCCGACUUCAGGCCGGAGACGGCGGCUGCGCUGACGGAGCUGACGGAUGCAGUCAUUCGUGACUAUGUCAAGUGGUGGUACUCGCCCCUACUGCCCACCGAAGAAUCCUUUCCCAACUCGUGCCGCCAGACCUUGACCGCUUUUGUGCUCUCCGUAUCCGCACAUGUCUCCCGUAAGAGACCAGCAGACAACUUUGUUGACUUUGUGACGCGCUCCUCGUCCUUUAUCAUCAUUCUGCUGCAGGAGAUUGUCACCGCCAUACAGGCGUCCCCUGGCGAUUUUCCAACGGAGGCAGUUGAUCUGUACCUAAAGAUGAAGCGGGAUAGCACGCUGGCCAACAUACUCGAUCCAGACUACCAGAUGAAGCAGUUCAGCGUAGCCGCAGAGGACAUACUCCAGAACUAUUUGGAUCCGAAGACAUACAAUUGCGCGCCAGCACGCAUCUUCUUGCAUCAGAUACUGGCCAAACUUGUCCUGGAAAUGAUUGUCAUGAGCUGUUCCAAGCCCGAAUGGAUUAAUGGAUGGAUUGUCCAACUCUUAGAAGCAGGCGAGCCUGAACUUCUGAAUGCCAUCGAUGCAGGCGUUGAGGGCUCAUCUGGACAAUUACCAAAUGCCGCAGUGGAUGCAGAAAAAACACCGCAUAGCCGAGACAUGUCUUUCGCUGAAAAGAAGGAGCACAAGCGUGUCGUCAGCAAGGCCCAGGAAGCCAUGGAUGAUGCCAUGCGGGAAGCUCAGCGUUUGAGCCAGAUGAUUGCUGAGGAGGACGCAAAACGCCUCCAAGAACAAUACAGGCAAAGCGCAUCCACUUCGACGCUGAAUGAUGAUCAGUCCGAGAGCACCACUCAGGGCAUCGUUACCCCGUCAUCAUCAGGCAGCGAUACACAUGCUGACUUUGAGCCUAACGACUUGGGCAUCUCAGGUCUUUCUAGCCCAUCAUCACCUCUACCGAAACUGGCCGAAGAGCGAGCAAAAGAGGAGGAGGCGAAGCAGGCAUUUACUAGCUUUGAUCAACUCGUGCUGCCCCAGCCACCAACCGCAUUGAUGGACAACCCCAUGCCUGCCGAAAGGCCGCCACCAUUGACACUGCACAACAGUAUAAUGUCGAUUUUUGAUGACAGUAUGCCUGGUGAAAAGGGCAACAUCAAGAGCAAGCCAACUGCAGAGUACUUGAUCCAAAUUGAGCCAAAGUCCAAUCACCACACAGGAUGGAUGACAGCACGCAAGUACAGCGAAUUUGAGACUCUACAUGAAGUCAUGCGUCGCAUAGCAGCCAUCACCGGAGCGACUGGAUUCAGCGAAGCACACCCCUCGUUGCCAACCUGGAAAGGUCAUACCAAGGCAUCUCUUCGCGGAGAGCUCGAACGCUACCUGAAUGAUGCUGUGCAAUACCAAUCACUUGCUGAAAGUGAGGGCAUGAAACGCUUUUUGGACAAAGAACUCGGUUCUGGAAAGUCUCCUGGCGGUGGCUUCCCUGGAAUGAACUGGGCAGGCCAGACUUUCGAUACGGUGGGCAAAGGUAUGCUGGGUGUAUUGACAAAAGCCCCCAAGGAGGUCGCUGGCGGUGGCAAAGCGCUUUUCGGUGGAGUCAGCGGAGUCUUGAACAGUCUGCCUACACAUAUUCGUUCAGAGAGUACCCUAUCUCUAGUAGCAACUAAGCGCACAUCAAUGGAUUCAGUGCGGGAUCCAAAUUCUCCUGUUAUCGAUCAACAACCAACGCGAGAAGCGCCCAUGGAACGACGGCCUUCUUGCAAUCCUGAGGGUGACGGCAAGCGCUCCGGAAGAUCGUCGAGAUACGGCUCAAGGACCAACAGUCGUGCUCCAAGUACUCAUGGCAAGAUUGAAGACCUCAGCCCUAUGAUGGGUGGUGAUCAAAUCUUGAAUCUCCCACCUAUGCCCAGCGAGAUUCCAGACGAUUAUAUGUCGCGUGAUCCCCCCGAGCCCACACACAGCCAGAAGCCAUCACGGACAUCCAUAGACUCUACGCCUUCUCUGCCCCGCCGUACCUCCACAACAUCCAUCACUCCAUCAUCGCCCUCAAAAUCCGCACUCAGGAGGACCCGCACAGAGCCAACAUACACACCUCUUUCCGAAACAGAAACAACCGUCGUAAUCGAGCUCUUCUUCGCAGUCAUCCAGGAACUCUACACCCUCUCCUCCGCCUGGACCCUCCGCCGCACUCUCCUCAAUGCCGCCAAAACCUACCUACUCCGGCCUUCAAACCCCCAAUUAUCCUCCAUCACUUCCCUCCUCCAAACCACCGUCUUCGACGACAACACUUCCGACACAGGUAUCGCAUACCACAUCCGCAAGAUCCGCGAGAACGGACUUCCCACCGAGGACGAGCUCAAGACGUGGCCCGAACCCAUGUCUGAGGAGGAAAAAGAGAAGCUCAGAGUUAAGGCGAGGAAGUUGCUCGUCGAGAGGGGCAUGCCGCAGGCGCUGACGAGUGUUAUGGGUCAGGCGGCAAGUGGUGAGGCGCUCGGGAAGGUGUUUGACUGUUUGCAGGAUCAAAGAGUCGCCAGGGGUGUCAUGUUUGGCCUGGUGCUGCAGGGUUUGAGAGCUGUGACGCAGUAAAUGAAGAGAUGAAGUCCGUGUUGUGUGAGUGAGACAGAGGAAGGGAAGAAGAGAAAUGUUGGUACGAAAACAGGUUAUGAGCGGUCUAGAGCCCCUUUCGCGUUUUGUUUCUUACAUGGCGUUUGUAAUACGAUGAUGUGGGAGAAGAAAUAGUACAUGCCUCCUUUGAUCUGUUUUGGAUUUUUUUUUUAAUUUUUUGUGAGCGGAUAUAGAAGUACAUGUUU